AUGUAUAUACAUUUCUUUCUAUGUCUAUUAUGCGACGAGAAAGGUCAAACCCGUCAUAUUUGUUUUAGGAAGUUUAGGAGCAUAUGGACUUACAGUUGUGCUCACACAACUUUUAGUCCAACCGUAUUUAUAUCGGAUUUACAUAGUGGGGUGCAUAGGAAGAAUGUGAUUCAAACGCGCAGUAAUGAAUUCAUGUCGAUCACUCUAAUUAUAUCGCUGACAAUGAAUGCGACUGCGUGGUUUUUCUAUGGAUAUUUUGUCAAGGAUAUUUUUAUCUCGUUCCCAAACAUGAUCGGGACGGUGUUUGGAAUUAUCCAAAUAGGUGUGUUUCUAUAUUACAGGCCGCCACCCGGAGGAGUCACCGUAGAGGCAGUAGAGAGUGGAGAGAGUGGAGAGACCGGAGAGGCCGGAGAGGCCGACGAGGCCGAAGAGACGGACGAGGCCGGCGAGACCGAAGAGGCUGACGAGGCCGAAGAGGCUGGCGAGGCCGACGAGACUGGCGAGGCCAACGAGACCGACGAGACCGGCGAGACCGGCGAGACUGGCGAGAUUGACGAGGCCAACGAGACCGACGAGACCGACGAGACCGGCGAGACCGGCGAGACUGGCGAGAUUGACGAGAUUGACGAGAUUGACGAGACUGAGACUAGAGAGGUCGAAGAUGCUUGA